AUGAGAGUUAUAGCCUUCAAGAGACAUUUAGAAGCUGAUUAUCCUGAGUUUGAUCUAUGGAAAUCGUAUUAUAAUGUUGAACUUGAUAAGUUCUAUGUUUAUAAAGGAGAUUUUAUCAAAGUUGAAAACUUAAACUUCCAGAAAAAUGGAAUCAAAUUCCUUCAUUCACUUUGUAUGUUCAUAUACUGUCGUUCCACUGCAAAUGGUGGAGCCAUUACCUUCACAGGAAGCAGUUCUAUAAUUGAAGACCGAUUUUAUGACGAAGGUUCUAUCAAUUAUGUACAAGCUGAAGAUAAAUUAACAACAGCCCAUCAUUCAUACGUAUAUUUGAGUUCCUCAGAUAGUUAUACCAUGAAUGAAGGAUGUCUAUUCAAUUCCAAAUUUGAGUCCACAAAUGUGGGAGGAAUUCACAUUAGACAAGGGAGUAAGACUAUAAAAUAUUAUAAUUGCUCAAAAUGUGAGUCAGGAACUAAUUCUGGACUUUUCUUGAGAGUUUCGUCGAAUGCCCCUACGAUUUCUUAUUGUAAUUUUAUUGAUAAUUCUGCAGUAUUAGAUACUUCAUGCUGUGUUGCCUCAGAGAACUCUGGAAAUAGCUAUUAUGCCGAUCAUUGGGUGAUGGAAAAUAAUACACAAAAAGGAGUAACUGGAAUAAUUGAGACUUAUAGCACCAGUAUUUAUAUAGAUAAUUCUGUCAUUCUUGGGGAUUCAGGUAACGGUGUUAUGUUUUAUACUUCUGGUGGAAGCAUUACUAUAACAAAUAGUAUUGUUGAGCAUUAUACAACAUUGUCCUAUAAUGGUGAAUUUGAAACAUCAAAUAUUAGUGAUAAAACAUCUAAUGGAUGGCGAUUCGUACUAUUAUCGCCUCCCUAUAUGAGACAAUACAAAAAUAUGCUCAAAUCCUGCAAGACAGAUGUUUUGUAA